UAAUCAAUUCGUACCGAGUGUUCGUAUCAAGAUGGACGCAGUUCUACCGGCUCUAGGCGAUCGCGUGUUCAAAGCGGAUUACAUAAAAAAGAAACGACUGAGAAAGGGUAAAUCCCAGUACUUGGUAAAAUGGAAGGGGUAUUCAUCGAAGGAGUGUACGUGGGAACCAGAAGAAAAUAUUUUGGAUCCUCUCCUCAUCAAGGAAUACAUAGAACGACCUUACUCUCGGCGUCUGGGCAGGCGGAGGCUGUGCGAGGUGUCGAAGCGAGUGCCACUUACUACACUAUAUCCCUAUACCCCUUCCUCCCCCGAAGAGACCAACAACAACCUACCAAUAGACCUGUUCCCGUUUGAUAGACAAGACACAAGCGAGGAAGCCAAAGGUCCUGAUGAUGGAUACCUAACCGAAGAUGCACAUAUAAAGCUGGGGUCGGUUGGGAGUGACCGAGGUACAGAUGAAACACCCGCGAAUGAAGUACGUACACAGCAGUGCGCCGUGUGUAACAACGGCAAUCAUUACACCAUCCCUGGAACAUGUUCAUGUGAAGGUCAACGUCGAGACAGGAACUUCUUUGAUUGGGUAUCGCAGACCCGUGCGUUUCACGCGACACAACUCCAGGACAAAGAUCUUUGUGACAAAUCUGAUGACCAGUUCUCUGAUGAGUCGACAGUGAAGUAUGUAUCAGAUGACGAUAUGACAUGUGGUUAUCGAUCAGAUAGUGUGAGCGACGAGGAGAUGGAAGUUUUACCUGCCCCUCCCUCGCCUUCCCAUUAUGAAACAUCAGUGGAAGAAGAUCCCCCGGCAGAUGAAUUACUUGUUACCAAUGUUACUUGUAACGAAAUCACGGUAACAUUCAUCGAAAGUCCCACGAAGGCAGGCUUUUUCAAGGAGGGUCGUGAGGAAGGUCCGACGGGAUAGAAAAUGGGGUUGAUGAUAUUCCUUAAACAAUAGCCCAUGUGCUAAACAAAAGAGGACCAAAGUUGCCACGCCCACUUUUGCUUUUCAGCAGACAAAGUUUGAGUGGCACUAAAAGUUUCCCUUCGAAUUCGUGUUCAGUCAUACAGGUUUCCAUUUUCUGUUACGUACAUGUAGUCGUGCACCCUUCUGUAAUGCCGAUGUUCUCUAGUGACCAGUACAUGUGUGUGAGGGGAUGAAGACGAGUCCAGUGUCUGGACGAACCACGGCGGAGAUGGUGUUGCACUGGUCAGCUUAGCUCCUGUAGUUUGUGUUGAGGUGGCCUGACAGGUCGCUCGGACCAAUGUUUUUAGAAGACAAGUGCAAUAUUGAUCUGGCUGCGUGACGUAAUACCGGUACAGCCAGAUAUAUACAUGCGUCAUGGAUUAAUGACUGUAACGCAAGUCUUGAUGAAUGGUGCCAUGAUCGGCGGGAGAUUUUACUUUUUUAUUGUUAAUACUUAAUAAUGUUAUUAAAGGUGAAACAGAUGCAAUGGAAA